ACAAGUUUUUUUUUGCUUUGUCAACCAAAAUUUUCUACUUAACCUCACUUUUAGGUUACAUAAACUCAAAAAAAAUCUAGGUUUAACAAGAAAUUACAAUUUAAUGUUAACUUAUUAGUAAUUCUUUUUUAUAAAAAUGUUGAGUGAAGUUGACGAAUUAUUUAAAACCUAUAUUCCGUACUAUAUAUUAGUUUUUCUACCGAUUUUCAUUAUUGUUUCACCAACGAAUCCAGUAUCAGCAUCUUAUGAAUUCCCUGCUUACCGCAUGCAACAUUACGACUUACACGGAGUCCCCUACGGGAGUAGAGUCGCAGCUAUAAACCUUGAAGCUCGAUCAUUGUCGACUUGGAGUUCCUCAAGACACUGUAUAGUUACAAGACUGGCCGAUUUAACGUAUGAAACCUUUUCAAAUGUUAAGAACAAAGUUGGAGCAUUGGUAUUAGCGUUACCUGAAAAUCUAACUAAUUUUACUGCAGAGAAACAGCAACAUCUUAUAUUGGAGAAUAAAAUCGUAUUUGAUCAAGAGACUCAAAUUCCUGUUUAUUUUGUGAAACCUACAAAGGAAUUUAAUGGAAUUAUAACAGAAUUAGCUUCAAAUAUUGAUACGAAUGAUAAAAAGAAGUCAGCUACAGAGGCACUUUUUGGUUCAGUUGCAGCAAAUGGUUAUCAGAUUGUUAUUUCGGCCAGUACACCCAGUGUACAAACAAACAAUAAAAUCGCGACAAUCCAUGGUUAUUUACAAGGAUCCAGGUCAGACGGUAAAGUGCCUACUAUUGUAAUUGUUGCGUAUUAUGAUAGUUUUGGAAUAGCACCUGAUCUUUCUUAUGGAGUGGACUCUAAUGGAUCAGGUUUAAUAGUUUUAUUAGAAUUAGUCAGAAUUUUUUCUACACUAUAUUCUCAUCCAUCGACAAGGGGCAAAUACAAUAUUGUAUUCGUUCUAACGGGAGGUGGAAAAUUUAAUUACCAGGGAAGUAAGAAGUGGUUGGAUGAUCAAUUAGAUGCAGCUGAAUCUUCUUUAAUACAGGAUGCUGCAAUUGUGAUGUGUUUAGAUACUUUAGCAACAUCGGACACUAUGUUUAUGCAUGUAUCAAAACCACCCAAAGAAGGCUCGGCAGCUUCAAUUUUCUUUAAGCAUUUGAAGGCAACCAGUGAGAAAUUUCCAGGAAAAACAGUUGAAGGUGUCCAUAAGAAAAUUAACUUGGCUGAAGACAUUUUGGCUUGGGAACAUGAAAGAUACAGUAUUAGAAGGUUACCAGCGUUUACUUUAUCAGCAAUAAAACAUCCUAAAGAUCCAUGGAGAUUUACCGUUCACGAUAAUAGAGACAACCUGAAAACAGAGCGAUUGAUACAGAAUGCUCAAAUCGUUGUUGAGACUGUAGGAAAGUUUGUUUUUAAUCUUUCGGAAGGAGAUAGUUUUAAUGGAAACUUAGAUGUUAGUAAAGCGAAUGUGGAGAACUGGUUGAAAAGCAUCUCGAAUCAGCCAAGAUCAGCACAGUUACUCACUAACAAAGAUAAUGGUUUUGUAUCGUCAUUACAACAUUAUUUGAACAAAUACUUACAGGAGGUCAAAGUUACUUACGCUGUCGCAGACAAAAGGGACCCAGACUACCAGUUUUAUGGUAGUACACAAGCAACAAUGAAUAUAUACAGAGUAAAACCUGCGGUAUUCGAUCUCAUCUUAACGCUAGCAAUAACGACAUAUCUAGGUGCAGUCUAUUUCGCAAUCAGUUAUAUACCUUCUUUAUAUUCCAUUUGUUCCAAUUUAGUCAAAAAUAAAAAAGACCAAUAAAUAUAUAAUUCUAGCAUUUGUGUGUGUGCACCAGUUAAUGUGCAAAAACGAACAAUUUUACUAGUUUUAAAAACCUUUUUGAAUAUAUAAAUCAAAUACUAGUUUGAUUUAUACAUUAUUGUAAGAUCAACCACAGUUCAAACACUUUUUAAUGUUACUAUGCAAAAAGACUUUUAAUGUUAUUAUUCUUUCAGUAUGAAUUAUUGUAUUAGUCAUUAAAAUAAUAAAUAGAAUGUUUUGUAAAGAA